GCCCUCCCAAGAUGGAACAUUUGUCAAGGCAGGAAUUAGAGGUUAUCCAUGAAAUUCCCCUUUACCGGCAUUUUGUGGAGAAGUGGGCCCAGGUGGAAUCAUUCCAGGCCAGGCCAGACGACCUUCUCAUUUCCACCUACCCGAAAUCAGGCACAACCUGGAUUAGUGAAAUCGUGGACAUGAUUUACAACAACGGGGACGAGGAGAAAUGUAAACGGGAUGCAAUUUUCAAUCGAGUCCCUUUCAUGGAAAUGAGCUGCCCUGGACUCCUAAAUGGCACAGAGCAGCUGGAUAUGGUGCCAUCGCCUCGGCUAGUGAAGACCCAUCUCCCAGUUCAGCUCCUCCCUGUCUCCUUCUGGGAGCAGGACUGCAAGAUGAUCUACCUUGCCCGAAAUGCCAAGGAUGUGGCUGUCUCUUAUUACCAUUUCUACCAGAUGGCAAAGAUGCAUCCAGACCCUGGCACCUGGGAUGAGUUCCUGGGGAAGUUUAUGGCUGGGAAAGUGGCUUAUGGAUCCUGGUACGAUCAUGUCAAAGGCUGGUGGGAGAAGAAAAAGGCCUAUCGAAUUCUGUACAUGUUCUAUGAGGACAUGAAAAAG